AUGUCAAGUAACCCAUCUACCACUGCUGCUGCGCAAAACGCGCCACCCGCGGCUGCUCACGCGGACGACGUCGACGACUUGGACGAUCUCGAUGACGUUCUGGACGAGUUCAAUCAGCCAUCUGGCUCUGCCUCGGCACAGAAACCCGCUGCUUCGGCGACCACCGCUACUACAACUGCCCCAGCAGCUGGAACAAAAGAGACGGCGACCGACUCGGCAACAUCGAACAAUGCGGAGGCAGGCGAUGAUGACGCUGGAUUGGACGACAUGCUCUCGGAAGACUUUGCUAAGGAGCUCGCUCAGGGCAUGCAGGCGUUGAUGAAGGAGCUUGGCGGACAGGCCAACACUGACGGGCAAGGGAUGAUGGAUGGUGCGAGUGCGGGUGCCAAUGCAAAGCCAGCGGGACAGGAGUUCAACGAGCAAGAGUUGAUGAAGCAGUUCGAGGCCAUGAUGGCUGGAUUUGGUGGAGGUGCGCCAUCAUCGUCCGAUGCUGGACCGUCUACGCGGUCCAACGCCGCUACCACCGCUACUCCUGCUGCUGCUACCGGCUCCGGCCCGUCGAAACCCGCCAACUUCAACGAUGCAAUCGCAGCCACCAUGGCGAAACUCAAAGAAUCCGAUGCCUCCGCCACCGCCGACUCGGCAUCCUCCGACAACCCGUUCGCCGGCCUCUCUGGCGCCGAGGGCGAAGAGAUGGCCAAACUGCUCGCGGCUCUCGGCGGCUCUGGCGAUCUCUCCGGGCUCGAGGGGGCAAUGGACAACCCCGACCUCACCAAGAUGCUCGAAGGAAUGAUGGACGAGCUCAUGUCGCGCGAUAUCCUCUACGAACCACUCAAAGAGCUGCGUGACAAGUAUCCCGCCUACCUCGCCGGCCCGGAAUCCGCCAGCAUCUCAGCCGAAGACAGGAAGCGCUACGAACAGCAGAGCAAGUACAUCAACGAGAUCGUGCAGAUCUUUGACGAGCCGGGAUACGACGCCAAGGACAAACAGAAGGCGGCGCGAGUGCAGGAGCUGAUGAACCAGAUGCAGGACUGCGGCAGUCCGCCUCAGGAGAUUGUCGGCGACAUGCCGGCUGAGUUGGAGAAUCUGCCUGGGUUUGGAGGCGCGGGUGCGGGCAACGAGGAAUGUACCAUCAUGUAA